AUGUCGACUUUUGUGUCGCCAGAACUCGAUCUAAACUGCAACUCAGCGUCGGGUAUACGCACCUUGCCCGAACUCGUCGAAUUCCACGUCAGACACAAUCCUCAGCACAGAUUCUGUAUCCAAGCCGAGAAGCCACUAACCGAGAAUGCCACAUACCCAUUGAUAUCUUUGACCUACGAACGCCUUCAGCAAGCCAUAUUUCGAUGCCAAACAUGGCUCAAAGACAACGCCCCAAACAUCCAUGCUUCUUUCUUGGACGACCGCGGUAGUGUGAACAGAUGCGCACCAGUAGCUGUUCUCAUGGAAAGCCAUGUUGGUCUGGCGAUUUACAUCCUCACCUUGAUGGGAAUGGGCGUUCCGGUUGUCCUACUUUCGACACGCCUAAGCCCAGUCGCGAUUAGCCACCUCAUGCAAACGACCAAAGCCCAGCACGCAUUGGCAUCCCAACGUCUCCAGCCUUUGUUCAACGAGGCAUUGGCAAUUGCAUAUGCCGAAUCAAACAUCGAGCGCAACGUUGAAGUUUGCAUUGCGGCAGGUUAUGAUGCAUUCCUGAGUGAAACCCCAGUAACAUGCACUGGCAUGAUAGCGCAUCCCAACCACUUCGUUUCGGAAAGCGACUGUCAGACUCUGAUUCUCCAUUCUUCAGGGACUUCAGGCCUUCCGAAACCGAUUUACUGUUCGCACAAGUAUUUUCUGGGUUCCGCAACUUGCCAUAGCUUCUCUUCAGAAACUGAAGCGCGAAAUCUCAGUGUCUCCACAUCGCCGUUCUUCCAUGGAUUUGGGCUUGUCCCAAUGUGUAUGUCCCUAGGUAUUGGCAAGACAAUGUGUCUCCCUCCACCCUCCUCUAUCCCAACAGGUAUUUCAGUAGCAGAACUCCUAGAACAGUCCGGGGCAAAGGCUUUGUUGACAGUACCAUCGAUUGUUGAAGAAAUCACGUUCCUCCAGGACGAUCAAGGAGUUCGGGUUCUCCAGAACCUCGACUUUGUCGCUUUCGGCGGAGGUAUGCCCAAGGAGUCUGUUGGAAAAAGGCUUUGGGAGGCAGGGGUAAAACUGAUUAAUCACUACGGUGCAACUGAGACCGGACCGCUAUCGCCUUUCUUUGUGCCCACGAAUUCUUAUGACUGGCACUAUGUCAAGCUUCGGCUUGACACUCUUGUGCCGAUGGAAGUCCAGCUAGACUCUGUCAGUGCUCACGAAAAGAGGUUUCAGAUGAGUCUGCGGCCUUUCGGAUGGAUGCAACGCUUUGAAAUCCAGGAUAUACUUGUCCAGAGACCAGGGUCACAACAAGAAGACAUGGAGUUCUCCAUCCGGGGUCGAACCGAUGACUUGAUAUGCCUCGCAACGGGGGAAAAGGUCCGUCCAACGAUAUUGGAGGGUCUCAUACAGCAACAUCACGGCGUCAAAGCGGCUACGGCAUUCGGAGAUGGCCGAUUCGAGCUUGUUGUUAUCAUAGAGUCAACCACACUCUUGGAAGCUGACUGCAUUGAGGCGUUGAAGACGUCCGUUUGGCCGCUCAUCGAAGAAGCCAGCCACACAAUGGAUGCGCAUGCGAGGAUAUCGUCACAUGCAGCAAUCCUGGUGUUUCCACCAGGGUCAUUGCCAAGAUCUGACAAGGGUACCAUACUCCGCUUAGAAGUUGCCAAGAAGUUUUCGAAGGAGAUCGACCAAGUGUAUCGAAAGCUCGAAGCGGACGUGGCAGCAUCUCCACUCGAUCUAUCGUCGCCCGAGAUGACCAUAAGAGGCUUGAUAGAAGAAAACAUCAAGCUAGGCUUGACUUCCACGAGCUGGAGUAACGAGGACGACCUUUUCGAGCUUGGGAUGGACAGCUUACAGGCCACAAAGCUCCGUCGAUUGCUUAAAGCAUCAUUGAAGGCCACUGUUUCCAAUUCGCAUGGCGUGUUGAAGCCAGACGAGAUCUUGGGGGACUUUGUUUAUCGGCACGCUUCCGUUGUGAAGCUCGUGGAAGCGAUAACUUCCAAGCAAACUGCGGCAAGCGAUACUUCCGACUCUCGCUGUUUGGAACAGCUUGUUGAUCGAUACUCUGGAAGAGACAUCACUCAGCUGCAGAAGGCAACUGUCGCCAUAACAGGAGCUACAGGUAGCCUAGGAUCCCACUUACUCCAUGUUCUCCUCAACGAUCCCUCAGUAAGUCGUAUCAUAUGUCUCAAUAGACGUACAGGAGACGAAGCAGUCGCUAGACAGAGGCACUCUUUACGCUCUCGAAACAUAGACGUGAGCGAUGCAUUGUUCUCAAAGGUUGAGGUCCUAGAAAUCAGCCAAGCCACUGACCGCUUAGGAUUGAGUGCUACGCAGUACGAAUCUCUUGCUCGAGAGGUUACUCACAUUGUGCACACUGCUUGGCCUAUGAAUUUCAAGAUGAAGCUGGCAUCUUUCAAUGCGGCAUUCAAGACCUUGGAAAACUUGAUUCAGCUUGCAUGCGAUGCACAUCGUCAGACUUCGCGAAAGAAACCGAGGUUCUUGUUCGUGUCUUCCAUCUCAACAGUUGGUAAUUACCCCAACAUCAAAGAAGAACGCAUGGUCCCUGAAGUAACUGUCGACGACUAUCGUUGGGCCCUGGACUUGGGUUACGCCAAAGCUAAACUCGUAUGCGAGAGGAUUGUUCAGCACGCGGCCGAGGAUCACCCUGGGAUCGAGAUCGGGCUAGUACGUUUCGGUCAAAUUGCCGGAUCCAACACCGGUUAUUGGAACUCUGAUGAGCACUUUGCUGCGCUGGUCGCGUCGUCUUUGACUGUCGGAAAGUUUCCCGACUUGCGAGGGACACUGUCCUGGAUACGUGUAGAUUCGGGUGCGGCUAUCCUUGCUGAGCUUUUGUUUCAACCUCUGCCAUUACAGCUCGUGUACCACCUAGAAAACCAUGUCCGACAAAGUUGGCAAGAUGUCAUCGCAGUACUAGUCAGCAGGCUCGGCCUCCCAGAGCGUUCAAUUAUUCCUAUGAACGAGUGGUUAAAGCUUGUUGAGUGUGGCCCUGGCGAAAAUAACCCGGCACAGAGCCUUCUUGACUUCUUCAGCGAUGAUUUCGUUAAGAUGUCCGACGGGUCGAUCAUGCUAGACACGGCUGCCACUCGAAGCGUGUCACCUACGCUCCGAAAAAUGUUGCCGAUUACUGAAAACGAUAUCGCAGCUUACGUUGAAUAUUGGCAAAGCAUAGGUCUUUUGAAGAGAAUGUGA